CCCGCUGUGCGGGGGCCACCUAGGACCCUCCGGCCGUCCCCCUCCCUCCCUCGCCCUGCCCCCUCCCCACGGCGCGAACCCGGGUGUCCACAGCGCCCAGCUUUUGAGCUCGCGUCCCAGGCCGGCGGGGGGGAGGGGAAGAGAGGGGACCCCGGACCCCCGCUCCCCCCCCGACCCGGCCGCCCAGUCCCCCGAGACCUGGAGAAAAUGUCUUCACGGACGGCGCUGGCCCCGGGCAACGAUCGGAACUCGGACACGCAUGGCACCCUGGGCAGUGGCCGCUCCUCGGACAAGGGACCGUCCUGGUCCAGCCGCUCCUUGGGUGCCCGCUGCCGGAACUCCAUCGCCUCCUGUCCCGAGGAGCAGCCCCAUGUGGGCAACUACCGCCUCCUGAGGACCAUCGGGAAGGGUAACUUUGCCAAAGUCAAGCUGGCCCGGCACAUCCUUACUGGCCGGGAGGUCGCCAUCAAGAUCAUCGACAAAACCCAGCUGAAUCCCAGCAGCCUGCAGAAGCUGUUCCGAGAAGUCCGCAUCAUGAAGGGCCUAAACCACCCCAACAUCGUGAAGCUCUUUGAGGUGAUUGAGACGGAGAAGACGCUGUACCUGGUGAUGGAAUAUGCAAGUGCCGGAGAAGUGUUUGACUACCUCGUGUCGCACGGCCGCAUGAAGGAGAAGGAAGCUCGAGCCAAGUUCCGACAGAUUGUGUCGGCUGUGCACUACUGUCACCAGAAAAACAUUGUCCACAGGGACCUGAAGGCUGAGAACCUCUUGCUAGACGCCGAGGCCAACAUCAAGAUCGCCGACUUUGGCUUCAGCAAUGAGUUCACGUUAGGCUCAAAGCUGGACACGUUCUGUGGGAGCCCCCCAUACGCCGCCCCGGAGCUGUUCCAGGGCAAAAAGUACGACGGGCCGGAGGUGGACAUCUGGAGCCUCGGCGUCAUCCUCUACACCCUCGUCAGCGGCUCCCUGCCUUUCGAUGGGCACAACCUCAAGGAGCUGCGGGAGCGAGUCCUCAGAGGGAAGUACCGAGUCCCUUUCUACAUGUCAACAGACUGUGAGAGCAUCCUGCGGAGAUUUUUGGUGCUGAACCCAGCUAAACGCUGUACUCUCGAGCAAAUCAUGAAAGACAAGUGGAUCAACAUCGGCUAUGAGGGUGAGGAGUUGAAGCCAUACACAGAGCCCGAGGAGGACUUCGGGGACACCAAGCGAAUCGAGGUGAUGGUGGGUAUGGGCUACACACGGGAAGAAAUCAAAGAGGCCUUGACCAGCCAGAAGUACAACGAAGUGACCGCCACCUACCUCCUGCUGGGCAGGAAGACUGAGGAGGGUGGGGACCGGGGCGCCCCAGGGCUGGCCCUGGCACGGGUGCGGGCGCCCAGCGACACUACCAAUGGAACAAGCUCCAGCAAAGGCACCAGCCACAGCAAAGGGCAGCGGAGUUCCUCCUCCACCUACCACCGCCAGCGCAGGCAUAGCGACUUCUGUGGCCCAUCCCCUGCACCCCUGCACCCCAAGCGCAGCCCGACCAGCACGGGGGAGACGGAGCUGAAGGAGGAGCGCCUGCCAGGCCGGAAGGCAAGCUGCAGUGCCGCAGGAAGUGGGAGCCGAGGGCUGCCCCCCUCCAGCCCCAUGGUCAGCAGUGCCCACAACCCCAACAAGGCAGAGAUCCCAGAGCGGCGGAAGGACAGCACGAGCACCCCUAACAGCCUCCCUCCCAGCAUGAUGACCCGCAGAAACACCUACGUUUGCACAGAACGCCCAGGGGCUGAGCGCCCAUCCCUUUUGCCAAAUGGCAAAGAAAACAGAACUUGAGAGAAGCCCCAGAAUGUCACAGCUUCAACAUCCUCUGGUUGGCUGGGUUUCAAACCGAUUUGCCUGAGUCUGUUCGGUCUCUUUCAGCUGGCAAGUGAGGGAAACCAGUGCAGACUGGCUGGAGCAUAAAAAGGGAAGGAAUUGGUUCCCAUCACAGUUCAAGUCCAGGAGUGGGGCAGGCUUCAGGGUAAUGACCCUCCCGCCCACCAGGAGGACUGUAGGGCAUGACACCGAGGUGCACUCUGGGAAGCACCUGAUAAAUGGAUGCGGGUGUUACUCUUGGUGGAGUUGGGUAAUGGAAUGGUUGAGACCAGUGAUUCUGUGUCUCCUCAGCUCUUGAGUUUGCAUCUUGCCUGACACUGCUUGCAGAGUGACCUUCAGCAAGUGUCUGAGCCUCUGUUUCCUCCUGUGUAAGAUGGGGUUGAUGUUCUCUGCCUCCAGACCCCAUUAGAGGGAUCCAGUGGAGAUCAAAUGUGUCCUGUGCCUGGCACAGAGUCUGAGACACAGUGGGCAUUCAAUAAGCAAGAACUUUUUUGUGGUUAUUAAAUUAAAAAAAGUAAUAGCUAACUCUUAUCAAGAGAUAACCGCAAAGCACUUCUGUUAGUAUGGUAGCUGGUUGAAUCCCCCUAACAAUUCUAUGAGGUCGAUCCUAGUAUCUCCAUUUUACAGCUGAGGAAAUGAGGCAGAGAAGUUAAGUAAUUUGUCCAAGGCUACACAGCUGGUAAGUCAAGGAGCAAAGAUUCCAGACUGACUGCUGUACUUGUAACCACUGUAAUAUAUGGCCUCCUAUGUAUUCUGGCCAAGAGACAGUGUAUAGUCAGUGUAUAGAUCCACUGCUGCAAUGAAGGGACCCCCAGAGUGCAGUGGAUGAGAUGGAGAUUUAGUCCUCUAUGAUGUAACUAGCAAGAGGUAGGAGGCAAGUUCUUCCAAGGAUUCAGGUUGAUUCUGCCCAUCCUAACAUGAGGCUGCAGCUCCUGAUCUGAGGCCACUGCUCCAGUUUCUACCAUUUCCCAACCAGCAAGAAGAGUGGAAAGAAAGUGGAGUGCAAACUGCAUUCUUUUUUAGAGGCCUGACCCAGAAAUGGUACAAAGCACUUCUGCUCAUAUCUCAUUGGCCAGAGCACAGUCACAUGACCACCUCCUAGCUGCAAAGGAGGCUGGGAAAUGUAGUCUCUGACUCAGCAGCCAUGUGCAAUUCUCAUACUCUAAGGGGUUUGGUUACUAAAUGUCAAACAAGGAGGAUGGAUUCUGGGGGAGAGGUAGUAGCAUCUGUCAGUCCUUGUUUAAGAUCUAGGCUCGUCCUGGGGUCCCUGGAAGGAUAGAAAUUGGAAAUCUGACUUGUGCUACCAGGACUGGGAGGGUCAGAGGGGUGGAGGAGGGUCCUGGGAUAGUAGAGCCACCUCUGCCAACACGGCAUCUUGAGAGAGUUAGGAAGAGGGUUCCUUCCACUUUAUUUUCACCUAUUGAAAAAUUUUUAUAAUGAGUGUAGGUCCCUUUGAUGUUCACAUCUGUUCCUUUCCCGUGUUUGAAUAAUGAAAGUUCAGAGAGCCAA